AUGCCGGGACCAGGUCAAGACUUUUUUCACCCCAAUAUCAAUAAGACCUGUACUUUUGAUUUUGAAGAAUAUAUUAAAACUGAGUUAGGUUUGGGAGCCACAAAUGAGUCAGACAUAAUUUGUCAAGAUUUUUUAAAGGGAACAUGUACGAAAGGUGCAAAAUGUGAUUUCAAACAUACCACUAAUUUUAGGGAAAAGGCGGUAGUUUGUAAACAUUGGUUACGUGGACUUUGUAAGAAAGGAGAUCAAUGUGAAUUCUUACAUGAAUUUAAUAUGAGGAAAAUGCCCGAAUGUUGGUUUUAUUCGAGAUACGGAGAAUGUAGUAAUGAAGAUUGUAUGUAUUUACAUAUUGAUCCUGAAAGCAAAGUAAAAGAAUGUGCUUGGUAUGCGAGAGGAUUUUGUAAACAUGGACCUCAUUGUAGACACAAGCACGUUAGGAAAGUUGUUUGUCAGCUGUAUUUAAGUGGAUUUUGUCCCAAAGGAUCAGAUUGUCCAAAUGGACAUCCAAAAUAUGAAUUACCCAAUGCUCAACGUGAUCAUGAAGGUCAAGAUGAAGAAAUGCAUCAUAGAAUUCAUGGAGGAGAAAAUGAGGAGGGUCAACAACGUACAGGGGGAAAUUAUCAUAAUUAUCGUUCACUAUCGGAAGUUACAUGUUUUAAGUGUGGUGAAAAGGGACAUUUUGCUAAUCGUUGUCCUAGUAAUCAAGGAAAACGAUACUAA